AUCUCUGGAAAAUCCAACAUGUCACAUUGUCAUCUUCUACACAGCUAACCAAAUAGCUUCUUCUUCUUCUUCUUCUUCUUCCAUCUUUGACCUGUAGGUACUACCCUCUCACAUUUUUGGAUUUCUUAAUUUGAUCUCUCACUCUUUCGACUCUCCUACAAUUUCUCAACCAUCCAACUUUGCACUUAGCUAUAAGAGAGCUGGGUGCUGGUUGAAAGCACGUGCUUUUAAGUAUUGAAUUCUCGUGUUUCUGUGCAAAUUGCCUAAAUUUCUCAUCUUUCCCCGUCAGAAUUGAAUUACAGUAACCGGGUCUCUCUUAAUUUGUCUUUUUGUCUUUCCCUUCAUUAGCUUUCUCAAUAUCAAAAGCACUGAUAAUUUGAAGAUCAAUUCUUUUGCUUUCAAAUUUCAGUCCUUCUGGGCAUCCAUUAUUUGCUUACAAGUUUUUGAGUUCAAGUAUUUGCGUCUCUGUAUAUAUUUUUCAUCUCUUGUACAUAUUCUUCAUUCUUGUUUACAGUUUCUUACAUUGUUUCUGCAAUUGUAAUUGCUACCCUUAUUUUCUUAGAUAUUAAUUCUUUUCUCGUGUGAUUUUCAUUUCGGAAGAAACUUAAAUUGUACUUUAUGAUCCUUAUAUAUAGUGUUCAUAAUUUUUCUUUGCUGUCAAUCUAUCGAGUUUUUGUGGGCUUGGUCUGUAUCAGUAUAUAUACCUCUUUCUGCCACUAAGUUUGCUUGAUUCUCUCCUAGUUCAGAUCCCAAUUCAUUUCCUAAUGCUCUAGUUUUUACCAGUUUGAUUGCCAUUUCAUUUAUCACUUCACACUUCAAACAUAUCCCAGCGGGUGCUGCUAUGCAAAAAAUUUUAGUAUCCAUUUGAAAUUCCUAUACCAUAAGUUGAUAUAAUCAUUUAGAUUAGGUAUCUAUUUUAGGUCAUCUUUAAACUUGUUUUCCCUUAGAUCAUUCACAUUUAUACUCAAACUUUAACCAUUAAUGUCAAUCCUGUGUGGUUUACCUCUUGUUGAGUGUGUCUACUGUCUAGCAUGUGCCCGUUGGGCAUGGAAACGAUGUCUCCAUUCUGCUGGUCACGACAGUGAGACUUGGGGGCUUGCAACUGCUGAAGAAUUUGAGCCAGUCCCUCGCUUAUGUCGCUAUAUUCUAGCUGUUUAUGAAGAUGAUCUACGGCAACCUCUAUGGGAACCCCCUGGAGGGUAUGGAAUUCACCCUGAUUGGGUUAUUCUAAAGAAAAACUAUGAGGAUACUCUUGGAAGGGCCCCUCCAUACAUUUUGUAUCUAGAUCAUGAUCAUGCCGAUAUAGUUCUUGCCAUAAGGGGUCUUAAUUUGGCAAAGGAGAGUGAUUAUGCGGUGCUAUUAGAUAAUAAGUUAGGGAAAAGGAAAAUUGAUGGUGGAUAUGUACAUAAUGGGCUAUUGAAGGCUGCUGGGUGGGUUUUGGAUGCUGAGAGUGAGAUUUUGAAGGAGUUGGUGAGAAAAUAUCCAAAAUAUACUUUGACUUUUGCUGGACAUUCCCUUGGUUCUGGUGUAGCGGCAAUGUUGACAUUGGCAGUAGUGCUAAAUCGAGACAAAUUGGGAAACAUUGAGAGAAAGAGAGUCAGGUGCUAUGCCAUUGCACCAGCAAGAUGUAUGUCACUUAAUUUGGCGGUCAGAUAUGCAGAUGUUAUUAAUUCUGUUGUACUACAGGACGACUUCUUACCGCGGACUGCCACGCCCUUGGAAGACAUUUUCAAGUCACUUUUCUGUUUACCAUGCCUACUAUGUCUAAGAUGCAUGAGGGAUACAUGUAUACCUGAGGAACAGAUGCUCAAAGAUCCAAGGAGGCUGUAUGCACCCGGUCGCCUCUAUCACAUUGUUGAGAGAAAGCCUUUCAGAAUGGGAAGAUUCCCCCCAGUUGUGAGGACAGCAGUACCUGUAGAUGGGAGGUUUGAGCAUAUAGUUCUGUCCUGUAAUGCCACUUCUGAUCAUGCAAUCAUUUGGAUAGAGAGAGAAGCCAGGAGGGCACUGGACCUAAUGCUAGAGAAAGAUCAAAUCAUGGAAAUCCCGGCAAAGCAAAGGAUGGAAAGGCAAGAGACUUUGGUCCGGGAACAUACAGAGGAGUACAAGGCUGCAUUACAAAGGGCAGUUACUCUGGCUGUGCCACAUGCUUAUUCACCUUCUCAGUAUGGAACUUUUGAUGAGCAGGAUGAAGGACUCAAAGGCGAUGAGUCGCAGAAAUCGAGCGGCGAAUCUUCUUUUGGUUCUUCUAGGAAAAGCAAGUCGAAAGAGAACUGGGAUGAAUUGAUCGAGCGCCUGUUUGAGAAGGAUGAAUCUGGUCAUAUGGUGCUCAAGAAGUCGCACAGAGAUGAUUGAUUAUGUUUUUUUUUUCCUCUUUUAGUUUCACGAAAAGCAAGAGAGUGAUAGUUUUGCGGCUAGAGAUAAUUCAAGAUUCAUUUGUAUUAUAUCAACCCAUUAGAUUAAAAUUCACUAUCAAUUGAUCUGUGAAUUAGUUCAUGAAAAUAUUCAUUCAAGGAUUCAACUAGCAAUGGCACAAGUGCUUAUCCAAA